AACGUUGAAUCUGAGUCAGUCAACUACAUAUCCCACAAGCCAUUGCUCCUAACCCAGAAGAAAAUAGUACCACGUGCGACCUUCGAAACUCGCCAGUCGAAAUAAAUCCUUCCGGAGUGACUGCGGCUAAUCACAAUGAAUCCGCUCACUAAAGUGAAACUCAUCAAUGAGCUGAAUGAAAAAGAAGCUCAACUUGAUGUCAAAGACAGUGUGUCCUGGCAUUCAGUCUAUAAGGACAGCGCCUGGAUCUUUAUCGGUGGAUUUCCAUAUGAGCUGACAGAAGGAGACAUCAUCUGUGUUUUCUCUCAGUACGGAGAGAUUGCCAACAUCAAUUUGGUGCGAGAUAAAAAGACGGGCAAAUCCAAAGGAUUCUGCUUCCUGUGCUAUGAAGAUCAAAGGAGCACCAUUCUGGCUGUGGAUAACUUUAAUGGAAUCAAGAUUAAGGGCCGAACCAUACGUGUGGACCAUGUAGCAAAUUAUCGACCACCCAAGGACCACGAAGACAUUGAUGAUGUCACUAAACAUUUGCGAGAAGUGGGAUGUGCUCCUAAAGUCCCCCAACCUUCUUCCUCUGAGUCAGAGUCUGAGGAAGAAUAUGCUGUACCUGUGAAAAAGUCAAAAAAAGAUAAAAAAGAGAAGAAAAAAAAGAAAAAGGAGAAGAAAGAGAAGAAAAAAGCACUAAAGGAAGAGAAACAUAAGGCACGGACUGAGCCGUCAGCAUCGUCUCCUGUCAGAGUGAAGAAGGAGAAGGAGGACACGGCAUACGAGAAGUAUGCCACGAAAGGACUGGCAGGAAAUAGAAGGGACAGAUCGGGACAAGAUUUCAGGAACCCGCAAGACAGAGCAGAUGAGGUGGACAGAUUCAGAGAUAGGUAUGGAGGUGAGAGGGAAAGGGAUAGAGAAGAAGACAGAAACAGAGAGGAUAAAAGACAUGAAGACACACGACAGCGAGACAGGGAGGGAGACAGGGGAAGAGGUGUUGAUAGAGAGAGAAAUGGGGAAAGAGAGCGAGAACGAGACCGAGAGCGUGAGAGAGAAAGGGAACGUGACAGAGACCGGGAUAGAGAAAGAGAGAGAGACAGAAUGGAGCGAGACAGAGGAAAUGACCGAGGGUUUGCCAAACACAGAGAUCACAGUCGUGAAAGAGAACACAGGCGAAAUUAAGCAGAGAUAGUAAUUUAACUUUUUUGGGGGGCGGGGGGGGGACCAAAUGGACUUUACUAUUUUUGUGUGUGUACCUCAGAAAUGUAAAUAAAUGUUUAGAAUUUUUAAAUAUGUCUGCAAUAAUUAAAUGCAUGAUGGCUACCUGGCAUUGCAUUACACACAGUACACUCAUUUGACAAAUAAAUUCAAGUUUUAUUUAAAUGGUUCAAAGACCAAAAAUGUCUUGUCAAAGACCAAAACAGUGUCAACAAUAAACUCCAAAAUUACGAUGCAAUCAAAGUACACCAAUCAUUGUGGAUUCAGUUGUAAAACUAUUAAAAGACAUUUAGUUAAGGGUGUUCAGUUAAAAAAACAAAAGAUAUCAGACCAAGCAGAUGUGCACAUUACUCGUUAAUACCUGCUCAACAAGAAACAGCAUUUCUUCGCUAAUAUUGAAUAAUAAUGAGCGCUAUGGUCACGACAACAUAUUCAAAAACCUAGCAAGAAAAGGUAAAACAAUUACACAGAUAUAUUCUGAGCAAAUAAACACACACAGAAUUCAAUAGUAAUAAACACUAAGUUGAACAUUAAAAUGUGUGAUGUGAUUAUUGGAAAUUUGGGCUGUUGCUGUAAUUGUAAAUGUUGCUGUAACGAAAAAAAAACUAAAUCACACUAUGCCCAAAACAAUUGCUUUUAAUACAGUAAAUUAAGCGAAUCACCCUUAAGUCAAUCUGUUAUAACUUCAAGUUACUAUGAGCGGUUCAAUUCAUGAAUGGUCAAAUACGAAGUAUCCAUAAUUGGCCAAUCAGGAGUACUGUAGACGUGACUCCAUUAGUCUUGUUCUGUCUCAGACACGAAACGUUCAAGUCACUACUCAAGGUUAAAGGUCAAAUAUCUGUUUGCACUGAACUUUAAUAGUGUAUGCUGUUGUAUGAUGUCCCUCCUUGCAAUGCUUAUAUGCUAGACUACAUCCACCACCAAACCCAUUUUAAAUAAGCUAUCAAAAAAAUAGAGAUAAAAAGAUGUUCACGCUAGUUCACAUAAUGGAACUCCAUCUAAAUAUACAAACACCUGCCACAGGUCAUCAGGUCUUUGGAUGUAGCUGUCUUCUGUAGUUGUAAGCGGUCUUACUGACAUUUUAGCCACAGUCACAGUAUUAUCCAAAUUAAAUCAUGAAUAUUUACCAUUAGAAUGUUAAAUGUUGAAUAAUAGUUAAAGGAACAGGUCAAAAGCAAAACAUUAGCUUUCUGCAGCAACACCAUUCAAUACAGCAAAUUAAAUUACAAUUGCCUGUAAAAACAGAAAUUAAAAGUAGAAUUUGGUGAGAAAGCAAGACUAAUAUACUGCAGUACUGACUAUUGAAAUGGUUGUGAUUUCUGUGAGAUGGAUAGUAUGUUUCCAGGUUUUGUUUACAAAAUGUCAUGUACGUAAUUAAUCUAUUUUCUAAAUGCAUGUUGUUUGUGAACAGUUUAUUUAACUACCCUUUUCUUACAAUCGACUGUAAAGGUGCAUUCAAAUCUUAAAUAUUGUAUUUACGAGUUGAAUGCACAAUUCCACAACAAAGUCAUAAUUACGAGUGGGAAAUUCAGGAGCCUUAUUUAUAAAAUGUUCUGUAUAAACUAUCCUACUUUAGAUCAAAUCUCAAUUCUCGAAUGCGCAUAUGUGUGAUUCAGAGAAACCAGCGUAAGCACAACAAACGUGUGCAUGCCUCUCUUGCAGAUGUGAAAUCUAUAGCAAAUGAUCUUGAAAAUGUGCGCAGCUGAUUGGUUUUAGAUCUCUGCCUUGUAAACACCCCCUAAUUAAUGGCAUUAGCAUAUAAAAGAGCUCCAGUCAACAUCUAAAUUAGGGUUCCUCAAAUCUUUCCCUCGAGGGCCAAUGCACUACAGAGUUUAGCUCCAACCUUGAUAAAACUCACCUGUGAUUUUCUAGUGAUCCUGAAGACAUUGAUUAGCAUGCUCAAGUGUGUUUGAUUAGGGUUAGAGCUAAACUCUGCAGGAAAGUGGAUCUCGUGGGUCAGAUUUGAGGAUCCCUGAUCUAAAUUCUUUACUUGAGAAUGGUGAGAAGCGGGCAUUGCUUAGAUUUCCUGUAGUACUAUGACUCUGCCACAAGGAAAAGUGCGUACGCCUGCUUAGAACCUGACAUGGUGUACAGUCAUGAUAGAGUAUAUAACAAUUUACAGAACCUUCAUGAAUUGAAUAAGAACAUUAAAAAGCAAAAACACAGAUGCACAUUCUUUAUUCUUAAUUUUGAAGUAGAGAAUCUUGCUUAAUUAUUUUGUAGGAAAGUUACAUUGCCAUCUUACUUCAACCAAAUCAAUUCUGAAUGCACCCAACAUCAUAAUUAUGACUUCCCAGCUUGUAAAUAUGAACUUCCCUGGAGAACUUGAAUGCACAAGCUCACAUUAAGCAGAUUUGCCUAUAUUUAAUCAAUAGUCAAUGGAUUGAACCAAGUUUUCAUCCUACAUUUUUUUUAUUUUUUGAUUAUCCGUUUCACUCAGAUGCUCAUCACGGUACUGAAGACAAGAUUUGAGUACUUGCGUUUCAUUGUGACAACCUUCCACUUAUUUAUUUAAAAUUAUUUUUCUUCAAAUCAUGCAUUUGAAAUAACUAUGGUUAGGGUUUUUCAUAUUGAUAGAUCUGUAAACUCACAUGUGCUAGUAUUUGUAUCACUGGGUUGGCACAGGAAACAUCUCAUCAUUUCAUUGCCGUGAAUGUUAGGUAUUCCAGUCCUUGACAGAGACUUGUUUAUUCACAAGUUCAUUAGGAUGUGGUGCUUAAUAUUGAUCGUGAUGGCUUGAUUGCGAGGCAUGGCACACAGCUCAGGAAACCACCUGCUCACUUCAUUAAAAUGUAUUUAUUCAGUUUUGUAUUCACUUCUGUGUAGGGAGUCUAAAAUGCCAUGGGAGAGAGACAGAUGGCUGGUGGUCUCUUUUGACAUG